UAUGAAAUUAGUGAGGUUAGGAAUUCAAUAAAAAUGUUGAAAUAACCUAAAAUUAUUUUUAUAAUAUUUUAUGAAUUAAUAAUUUUGUAUUUUAAGAAGUGUAAUAAUCUCCAAAACAAUUAUGGCCAGAAGAAGAUUUCGUAAACAACAAAAGCCAAAGCAGAAUUUAGAAAGAAGAGCCUAUGAAAAUAUUGUUAAAGAAAAUGAGAAAUUUGUUAAAUAUUAUCAGACUCAGAAGAUAUGUACAGAACAAGAGUGGGACAGUUUCUUAAAUGUUUUAAAAACAGAUUUGCCAUCGACUUUCAGAAUUACAGCAUCAAAAGAUGAGUCUAAACGAAUGCUGGAAAUAGUGGAAAAACAAUUUCUUAAUGACUAUCUCAAUCAUUCUGUUGAAGGGCAAACACAAUCGAAAAUAUUUCCCUUGCCUUGGUACCCAGACAAGUUAGCAUGGCAGUUAGAACUUAGUAGGAAAGAUAUAAGGCGAAAUGAAAAUUAUAACAAGCUUCAUAAUUAUCUUAUAACUGAAACAGAAAAUGGCACUAUAUCUCGACAGGAGACUGUUAGCAUGAUACCCCCUCUCCUAUUACAAGUUAAGCCUCACCAUAAGGUUCUUGAUAUGUGUGCUGCUCCAGGUUCCAAAACAGCUCAGUUAAUAGAAAUGCUACAUGCAGGAGAGGAGUUGAUACCAAGUGGUUAUGUUGUUGCUAAUGAUAUUGACAAUAAGAGGUGCUAUAUGUUAGUCCAUCAAGCAAAACGAUUAAAUUCCCCAUGUAUAGCUAUAAUCAAUCAUGACAGUGCCAUUCUUCCUAAUUUUUAUUUAGAUAAGGAAGAUGGUUGUGAAGACAUGGUUCAGUUUGAUAGAAUUUUGUGUGAUGUACCAUGUUCUGGAGAUGGAACUAUGAGAAAAAAUCCAGAUAUUUGGAUGAAGUGGACUCCUGCUAAUGGCUUAAAUCAGCAUGGAGUUCAAUGGAGAAUUUUAAAAAGAGGAGCUGAACUUUUAGCUGUUGGAGGACGUUUAGUUUAUUCAACAUGUUCAUUAAAUCCUUUAGAAAAUGAAGCAGUUAUUCAUAGAUUAUUGGCUGAAUCAGACUGUUCUUUGCAAUUAGUUGAUGUUAGUAAUGCACUUCCUGGCCUAAAAUUUACACAAGGUUUAGAAAAUUGGCUUGUUGGAAGUAGAGAUCUUGAAUUUUAUGAAAAUUUUGAAGAAGUGCCAAGAAAGUGGGUAACUGUUAUAAGACCACAAAUGUUUCCUCCAAAACCAGAAGACAGAGAGAAAUAUAAUCUUCAUAGAUGUAUUCGUAUUUUACCUCAUCAACAAAACACUGGAGCAUUUUUCGUUGCAGUAUUGGAAAAAGUUAAACCAUUAAAAAAUAAUCAAGAAAAGGAAGACGAUGAAAAAGACGAGUCGCAGAGUAAAGAUGAUAAUAAACGUAAAAAACAAGAAAAGCUUCCUCCUCGAAAAAGAGCGAAAUAUUCCGGCUUUAAAGAAGACCCUUUCGUAUUUUUUGGGGACGAUGAAACCGUGUGGCCCGAUAUUAAAUCGUAUUACGAUAUAUCAGAUAAAUUUGAUCCUAAAGGUUUAUUGACUAGAUGUCACACUGGUAAAAAGAAAAAUAUUUAUUUGACUUCCAUACCAAUGAGGGAACUAGUACUCAAAAAUCAGAAAAAUAUCAAAUUUAUUAACACUGGAGUACGCUUAUUUGUCAGGUCAGACAACAGGAACAUGACAUGUGCUUUUAGGUUAGCCCAGGAAGGGUUAGAAAGUGUUUUUAAUUUAAUUGGGCCCAAGCGCAAAAUUCAAAUUACCAAAGUGGAUUUGGUGAAACUUUUGUUAAAUAACGAUCCAAAUAAUCCCACCCCAACAACUACUUUGACUGAGCCAUUACAAGAACAAUUAAAAGAUUUGGCACCCGGAAGCUGUGUUUUAAUAUACACAGACAAUGAAAAUGAUCAUUUGACAUUACAUAUUAGUGGUUGGCGGGGGGUCAACACAUUUCGAGUUUACACUUCGAUACCCAAUACUAUUCACUUGUUACGGUUAUUAGGAGAAGAUACUUCUAAAUAUGAAGUCAAUAAAUUUAAGAAAGAAGAACGUGAAGAGGUUUCAGAAAUAGCAACAGAAGCCGUAUGCUUGGACGAAAAGACAGAAACGGAAGUAAAAUAGGAACAUAUGUUUUGUAAUUAUUUUAAUACAAUUAUUAAAACAAAGGAUCGUAU